GUGGUGUUUUGAAAUUUGUUUUUGUAGUUCGCCUCGAUAACAGCUGAUAAAUGGGAGUUAGUGUUGCUGCAUUACAUGACAUUUCAGUCUCAGUUUGGUUUGUAUCGUGACAGCGGUCUCUAUUUUUGUCUCCACACUGACUCGGGCGCUGACUUUUAGCUACGUUAGUCAAAGGCUAGGCUAUUUGUUAGUAAUAUUCUGUGUGUAGCAGCACUUGAAGCUAGCUAGCGUUAACUUGCUAUCCUUAUGCUGUAGCCUAAUGUUUAUGAAUAUAUUUAUGCAUAUUUAAAAGACGAUGAAACCUUAAAGAAAAAGACUGUUUUCAUGGCAAGUAGUUGAACAUUUUUUCAAGCGGUGUAUCUCUGAAUUGUUACCAGUAUACCUAACUCCAAGCUAAAUCCGUCAAAUUUCGUUAAGUAUUUGUAUUAAAACACAUACAGCCAACAAUAGAAAACACAGGUAGUUUAAAGUAAUGUUGAUUGACAGUGCAUGAGUUAGUGGUCUUGUACUGAGAGGAAAGAAGGUGAUGUCUGAGGUCAGGGUUAACCUGUAUGAACCAGAGGUAGGCACAUACGGUGAGCAGGAUGGGCCAAUUCCUGACCCUGUGAAACCUCAGAGUUAUGAAGCUUCCAAGCCUGACCUGCAGGGCCUUCAGCCUGCUGGUCAUCCGUCCUCAGCUGACAUUAGCCCCUCACCUUCUGCUGAGGCAAGUGGCUUGUUGUCUUUACCAUGGGAGAUGGUAACCCAAAUUGCCUCGCACCUUCCUGCUCAAUGUGUCAUCACUGUGCUGCCAAAGGUCUGUCAUGCAUUGGGUAAUGUAGGUAAGGACAGCACCGCUUGGCAGCUCCGAGCACGCAGACUGAUAGGACCCCGAGCUGGCUUUCCAGUGGGGCCACGGGAGGACUUUGACUGGCCUACUGCUUGCCUGGAGAUGGAGCAGCUGAUAACCUGCUGGACAGGCCAGGCGCACCUUUUGGCCAGACAGACCCAAGAGGAUGAGGAGGAAAGGGAUCACAUAAGGCAACAGCCAAGGGCAGAGGAGGAGAGGGGACCAGGUGCAGAAGACAGGAAGAUGGAAGAGGAGGCUGAGGCUGAAGGGGUGGGAGUGGCCGCUCAGGAGGCUGUGUAUGGUGCUGAUGAAGGGAUGGAGGUGGCAAUAGAAGGUGAGGAUGGUGAAGUGCAGCUCAUAGGAGGUGAGGACCAAAUGGCAAGAUUGAGAGAGGAGUUGGAGGAGAGACUUGAUAAUGCUGCACUAAUGGAAGAAGAAAGGGACCACAGGAUGAUGCUUGAUGCUAAUGACGGGCAAGAUGCUGCUCUUAAUCACCAAGAAGACUUGGCAGACCCCAGGAAUCUGGGUAAUGGAAGACCAGAAGAGAUGGCGCAGUGUCAACCCCCGAGAAGUCCUAGCCCACCUCCAGCACUGGAAUGCAUCACCCUACCUUCAGGCCACAUUGCCCAGGUCAAUUCAGUCCUCCUCGUCGGAGGAGAGGGGGCAGUUUGUGCCACGGGUUCCAGAGACUGGAAUGUUAAACUGUGGGAUCUACAAACGGCCCCUAAUGGCACGCUGCUGCACACACUGGGAGGGCAGGGUGACUUCAGCACCCACAGGGGCUGGGUCUGGUGCCUGGCAUCUCGGGGAUCUCUGCUGGCUUCAGGUGGCUUCGACAGCACAGUGAGGCUGUGGGACCUACAGGCAGGCGGUGCGGAGAGGGGCCUGAUCAGGGCUGGUGCUGCUGUCCUCUGCCUGUCCUGUCAGACGGACGUGUUACUGGCUGGUACAUUUGACAAGAGGGUCAGCAUGUAUGACACAAGAGCUGCUGAACCCCUGGUCAAAAGCCUCCGUCUCCAUGGUAACGCUGUAAUGUGCCUAGCUGCAGAUGACAAGUACAUCAUCUCUGGGAGUAAAGACUGCACUGUGGCUGUCUAUGACCGCAGGGCAGGCAAAGGCUUGAAGAAACUCCAGCUGAGCUCCUACCUGCUGUCCAUGAGCCACAGUGGCAGUGAGGUAUGGGCAGGAGACAACGGCGGCAUGCUCCACUCCUUUUCCAUGCAGGCGGGGAUUUUAAAACCCCUGUCCCAGUUUGAUGUGGGACACACAGCUCUGGUCACUGGCAUCCACAGGUCCCCUGGAAGCCUCUACACCUGUUCAUCUGAUCGUACUGUCAAGGUACACAUCCCUUGUGCACCUCCAAGGACAUUAUGCACACUGCGUCAUCAAGCUGGAGUCAAUGGGCUGAGUGUGGACGCUGGAGUCCUUGCAGUGGCCUCAGGGGAUGUGCGUGUGGAAGUCUGGAGGCCCAGAAAAUGAAAGAGCAACACCUGCAAACUAUGUGACAAGACUUGAAAGCAGGAGGAGACAAGACCUGAAGUCUGUCAUUACUAUACUGGUCUUUUAGCAUUUUGGAGUUUGGGAUACACUGAGUAAACGACAACAAGUACACAGCUUCAAUAAAAGGAUAAAAAAAGAAA